AUGCCGUGUGCGAGACACUAGUCACUCGUUGAUCUGCGUGGAAGCCAGUGAGUGCAGAAUCGAGGAAACAUCGCGACAAGAGUGAUACUGUCAGUUGUUGGUCAUCUGAGCCAGAUUUUGUAAUUUCACGUGACAGCUGGGCUGACGAAACGAUUCACCGACCUACGUCACUGCUCGAGUCGGUAGUAGUCUUUGGUGUCCUUCAGUAAUCUUUGUGCGGGGGUCAGUGUGGCACACGACUGUCGGCAGCGCUAAAUUUCUGCAAGGAAAGAGGUCUGUAAGCGGAACUUGGAAUGCCUAACAAGGUUGCGGAAUCAGAAGAAAUGGCAUCGUCUCCGCCAAUCCUGUAUCGUGACGAAUCGCAAACGGAUAAACUGUCAAGAAAAAUUAAGGAAGCGCCGUUCGUACCUAUUGGUCUAGCUGGUCUUGUUGCGGCAUGUGCUAUUGGUGCUUACAAGUACCGCCAUCGUGGACAGAUGUCUACAUCAGUGUUCCUGAUGCAGCUUCGAGUUGCUGCGCAAAGUAUGGUUGUUGGUUGCAUGACUCUUGGUCUUGGAUAUCAGAUGUACAAAGACUACCUCAGUCCUGACCGAAAGAAACCAUCAGAAUGAAACUUUGUUUCAUAUGUAUGACAGCUGUAUUGUUUUAGUAUUUGCAGCUCUGACAACAUUUUCAGCUCACCUCAAUGAGGUGAUUCUGGUAAUUUAGUGAUUAUUGGGAGAAAAUGUUGUCCACGAGUGUUGCGAAUAUUUUUCUUUCCUAGAUGCUGCAAAUAUUUUGCGUAUUUAUUUCAGCUGUAUGAAUUGUAUCUGAUAUUAAGUAUAGUUCCUGCUUUAUGUGAACUGUUGCAAUAAUUUGUGAGAAGAGGAGAUACUCGAGUUGUGAAAUUAAAUGACAAGACCUGAUCUUUUGUGUGUGUGUGUGUGUGUGUGUGUGUGUGUGUGUGUGUGAGAGAGAGAGAGAGACACUCUGUUUGCACUUGCUUUUCUCUAAUAGUAUACAAAACUAGUUAGAUGCAAAGUAUAUCAGCACAAAGACAGGCUGUCACUUGCACUAUUGCAAUUAUUUGAAAUUGUAAUUCAUGCCAUUUUGAAUUAAUUAAAAUCUGUGCCAUGUGUACAGGCCAAGUGAUCAGAAAUAGUGCAGAGUUUUACAUUACACUCUAUCCUUUAAGCAGAUCAUUGCUUCAGUGCACUAGAGAAACAUGUGAUCUAAAAGUUAUAAAUGUUCAGAUUCACAAAGUGUCAGGUGUUAGUGUCUUCAGAUGUUUGCAAAAUAUAAAUUGCCAGAUAUUAGCUUUGAUAUAAGUUUUAACUUUUUUGUCCUGGUUAGCUGUUCACACGAUAAAUGUUCAGUAUUACAUAAUAAUUACAGUCUUUGUUAAAACUGUGUGAUGUUGUGUAUGGUAACUGUAAUGGUGAUGCCAGUUUUUAAAUCAUGUUAUAGGUGUUUGAGAAGUAAGUAAUUUUUAAGCUGCAUGUUCCAGAAACUUGGAAAAAAAGUCUUUAAACAUUAAUACGUAAUCACUGAUUACGUAUAUUGUGGGAAGCAAGUGUGAGAAAAUGGAGUACUCUGUGAAAAAAUCUGUAUUACAUUGUGAUAGACAUGUUGAGGUACAAACUGCUACUCAUAUUUGUCAAACAUCAAUAAAUUUAAAUUACAUCAUAAUCAUAAUCAUCAUGUAUGUAUUACAUAUGUAUACUUCAUCUCUGGAAUGGAUAUUUUGUUUAUUUCUAGAUAAUGAUGCUGUUGUGGAAUAAAAAAAUAUUUAUUUUAUGGAA